AUGCCCGGUGUUCCGGAGGGAGAGCGGCAGUUGACGUGGGCGUUGGUUCUGGUUGAGGGGGUAAAGGAGGAGAGCGCGAUUCGUGCCCGGUUGGCCGGUUUCUAUUGUUGUCGUCAUCCUGGGACUCUUGGCAACAAAUCCUGCGAGCUGGCCGGCCAAAGUAUAGGUGAAGGCUAUCUCUGGAGCGCGGACCUAAUGAAUGACGAGAGUCCAACAAGACAGUGCCUGUGGAAGGACAACAUGUUGUCUCCCAAGAUGACUGUUCUCGGUUUGCUGCAAGUGACCAGUAUAAGUUGGGAGGCAAAGAAAACAAGUUUGUUGCAGUUUGUUCUUGCGUCAAAUAUCACAGGCCGAUCAAGCCUUCUUCUUGACGCCUAUCUUGGUAGGCACGGCGUCGAUUUUGGUGUCGAGAUAUUGGCCUGCUCGGGCCUCUUUGAGCCAUGCAACCUCAACUGGCUUGACGUGCUCUCGCACAAAGUCCACAAGACCUUUGGCCUGCGGAGCAUCUUCUCGCAGAGCUAUGCUGGAAACUCGAGGGAUGCCCAGGGCUGCGCUCAGUUUGUCCUCACAUGCCUUGGAGAUACCAACCAACCUGACAGCCUUUUCUGGCGGCUGAGACCGAGAAGCGAGCGCAACCAUCUGAGGAAAAUGGCAGUGAAACGCGGACGACUGACCAGACCGGGCCACGAAGACGACGCUGUACGGCUUCGCGUCCUUGCCAGACAUGGUUUGGAGAGUCCUGGAGAUAUGAGACAGGCCCACGUCUACGUAUCCAGCAAGCUCCGGAGUUGGGGGAACAGGGUCUUCAUCUUGGGCACGCUUGCGUUUUCGAUCUCUCAUGCCUUUUGAUGGCGUGACGAAUAAUCUUCGAUGAGUCCCAAGAGGCGAAAGCAAACUGAAGGCGAGGUUAGUCAGAGACUUGAAAUGAGACAUCUAGAGUCAUGGGUACGAGAGAAACAACGCACUGGCAGAGGAGCUCCAAAAUCACAUCUUGGUCUUCUUGACUUAUUUGUGGCCUGUGGUGGUACCGGUCAGCAUACAGG